AUGGACCUGCUGAAGGCUAUCCAAAACGACGUACUCAAGCAAAAGGAGGAAGAAACGCAAAACCAGUUCUCAAGCGUGGCGGACUUCAGGGAGUUCAUCCUGGCUUCACAUCCAAGUGCCGAUGUAAGCGUGUCGCUCACCAUGUGCUGCCUUCAUUCGGAGCGUCUUCAUGGCAACCAUGGAACUCGUGUCACAUUGCGCAAACCGUAUCUGGUUCAAGUGACCGUGUGGGAUGCCAAGCCGAAGAAGGGUGUGGCUGGCAAGCGCAACCUUGAGUUUGAGCCCGGUGCUGUGUACAAAUUCUCCCAUGCCGAUGAAGUGGGGUUUUACGCCGACAUAGCUAAGGAAAGCAUUCAAUACGAACUCGCCAACAACUACAGGAAUUGCGAGAUCAAGGCACCACUUAAAAAGCGCAAGGUGUUCAGUGAGACAUCGCCACAGCCACUGGUAUCCAAGGCUAAAGCAUUGGAGGGCAACACGGGUGUUUAG